CCCCUUCCCCUUCACUUGAUGCCCGCUCUAUUCAAAUCUGUUUCAUCCUCUGUUACAACUUGUUUGCUCUCUAUUUUUUGGAUAUGUGCUAGUCUGUAUGAAUGUAUAAUUGGUACGUAGCUCAAAACAAAACUUGCAAAUGGUUCAAUACAUUUACAGGCACCACCGGGAUGGCAUGAUUGAACGUAAAAAGCAAAUACCAUGACUAACGAAACUGAAAAAUUAAACACUUUCUUCCUCGUCCUGGGUGAAAACCAUGUGAGUGCUUGCACGAUGCAUCAAACGUAGUAUCUGAAACAGAUUAUCCUCCUGCCUGCCUGCCUGCAAGUGGAUGUUUUGUAAUGGCACUGCACGCCGUCUCAGACGGCUGUCGCCGGUGGCGAGGUUAAAUAUUCUUCUUGUGAUUGGCCCGAGACAGUGUUUGAUGGCUGAAGAUUGCACGUGCUUGUGUUGGUAACUUAACUGUCCUUUUAGCUAUAUACAGAAGUAUGAGAAGUUAAGUUGCCAGUUAGACUUCUUUGCAUACACAUAGCGUAUGUAUGAUGUUUAAGAAAGGUCAACCGGUAUGCUCGCCACUAUGAUUUUCUCAUACUUCUGACGCUUCUGUAGUUUUCUCUGUCAGCAUUGAUCUGUGAUUAAAGUUUAGUUUCAUAAAAUGAAACUUAUCGUGUACUUGUACAAACUAGCCAGUAAUUUUUCUAGCAGCAUUGUUUUCGGCCAAGGACCUGAAAAGAGUUUUGGCUUUGCAAGGGUGGUCAUGUUUCUAAACAGCUGAAACAUCCUCCUUAACUUGUUUCUGCAUUACUGCCAGAGAAGUAGUAUCUGUAAACAACGUUUUUGCUGCAUUUUUAUACCUAUGUAUGGGUCAUCCUACAUUCUCAAGUAAAUGAGGUUUGUGUUCCUGAACAAACGUCGGCAGUUUUGAUGGAGCUGACGGUAUUUUGUCGCUGGACAUGCAUCCAUCUUACUCAAUGUCAGAAUGGACAUGAAAGAAUCAGCAGUUAAGUUUGUGAUCUGCUGUGGAGCUCUACUAAAUUAGUAUUUUUGAAGGAAAUAUUAGUGGCAUUUACAUGUAUAAGAUACUUGCAUCUUGCUAAUCUAGUAUUUUUUUGAGUGUGCGAGAGAUUGUCGUUAAUUCAAUAUCAGGAUACUAUUCAUCAUUGUUUCCGAUCAUUAAAAUGUGGGCAGGUGGCUAAGAAGAAGAAUAGCACUGUAGCAAGUUUGAUGGGCACACUUGCUAUAUCUUCCAUGAGUGUUAUUUCGCCAGAAAAAAAGUGUUGUAAUUGGAAGGAACUGAUGCUUGCACCUCAUCUGAUCUGGAAUAACUAUAAUCCUUUGUCUUCUCCUGACAUUCUCCUUGAUCCCAUCUUGUUCACGCGUAGAGGGGGGGGGGGGGGUCUGGGACUUGAACCCACCCCACCAUACUUUUGUUUGUCCAAAUUGAGACGACGUACUUUUUUCUUGAAAAGGAAUGCUAACUUCAGAUCAAUUUGAUAUAGAUUUUGAGCUCGCCCAUCCUAUUUUCUGUCACUGUCUAGAUUAGACGAUGCAGAUAUGGUUGAGCUCAAGGUUAACGGAGACAGAAAUUGUCAGGUCUAACUACCGGAUUCAGUUUUCUGUUUACUUUUUGAGAAUAGUAUAUUUAUUAUCAUUAGUACAGACCUGCUCUACAAGUACUUAUCUCUUUCUGGAUCAUCCUUUUAAGCAGUUUCGGGCAUUGUCUCAUCAAUUUUACCGAACUCCUGAACACCAUAGAUUUGUGCGGCAACAGGUGGUCAAUCAGCCGUAUGUACAAGAAGCAGAGCGCAUCAGUUCAUGCUCGAGCCCCGAAGAAGGGUUCUGGUGGCGAUGUCGACGGUCGUCGAGAGGUUCGUGGACUGGAUGGUGUCGUGGCUGCUGAUGUACGGAGAGGCGAAGCUGCUGCUCGUCAUCUACCUCUGGCACCCCAGCACACGGGGUGCGGGGCAUGUGUACGAUGGCUUCCUCCAUCUGUUGGUGGCGUUACACGAGGCCGACAUCGACCGGGGCCUGCUUGAGCUGAUGGCUAGGGCGAGGGACGUGACGACGUCACAACUCAAGGCGGUGGCUGCCAUCGGUCAAGUGUGGCUAGUCGAGGCUGCCCGCUGUGUUUCGUUGCAGUUGCAGGCCGCGAGAUCAGGCCGGGAAGGCGCCACGCAUUGACGAGUGAGCCAAUUUUUGGAUCGGACCAUAACAACGUGUCUCAAUCUCUGACCUCUAGAAGUAGUGGUAAAGUUUUGAAUUUGCAUGGCAAGAACCACUUACGUAGGUAGGUGACACACACAACAUUAUGUUUACACUCUUACUUGUGUAAAAGAUAUGAAUUAUAUACGAGUUGCCUCUACAAUGAGGAACUGUGAUAGUAGAUACUGCAAUUGUGUGAUAGAAUGGAAUUGAUUGAUUUUAUUUUAUUUUAA